CACUUUCGAGUGAUAACUCCCAUCGGAGAGAAACCGACGAAAAUACCUGAAAACUGAAUCACUAGAGUGCACCCUGUCGUCACGCCGUAUUGUUCGUGCAUGGCAGUGAAAAUCGGUCUGUUGGAUGUGCAAGUGAAAAUCACUAACAUUGUUUUUUUUUUCAAUUACCGUCUGGUUGUAAUGAUGAGUUAGUGUAGUCUCCGAGUAGCUCUUACCAGGUGGUGCCUGCCACUGUAUGUGCCAAGAGUAAACUACCUUGAGUUGUGUUUUUGUGUGAAUAGCAUGACAUUCAAUAGCGAAUGAGUUUUAUGCACCGCAGUAUUACCUUCUUGAAGAUCAAGUUCAAGCUCGUCUCACUUUGUUGAACGUCGUGUAAAUUACCAUUUUUCCUUUGCUCUCGACACCGCUCACUUGUUCUUAACCAGAUCCUAGCCGUUCAUGGCUGGCGCUAGUUCCACGUACACCCUAGCGAAUGAAAAAACUUACGGAAGAUUUGAACAUUUUCAUCCUAGACGAUAGCAAUGUGGAUCAAGCGAAUGUCACUGUCGGAGCUAUGGAGUUUGCAAACAAUGGUCCAACGGUGCAGAUUACAUGCACACCCCCGCCGUUUAAUCCCCCUGGGCGACUAUCACCCAGCCCAGCAAUCAUGCUGAACCGAAUUGUUCCCACUGGAUGCAGAAACGAUCAACCGGAGUCGAAAAUUUCCGACGCCAUCCACAUUGUCACAGGGAAAAAUCAAUCUGCAUUGGGGGAUCGGAGCGAGGGACCGCAUGAAAAUUGCUGCAGACCGACAAUCGGAAUCAUAGACGCCAACAACAUAGAAUCCCUGAUUAGCGACGAGGAUUGCUUUCCGCACAAUGAAAUCACGGACGACCCGUAUUUUAGUGACCUAGUCUAUUCGGCAGAAAUCGCUAUCGAUGCUGGAAUCUACCCGGAACGAAUCUAUCAGGGGAGCAGUGGAUCGUAUUUCGUGAAAAAUCCCGCCAACAAAGUGGUUGCGGUUUUCAAACCGAAGGAUGAGGAACCGUACGGCCGACUCAAUCCGAAAUGGACAAAGUGGAUGCACAAGUUGUGUUGUCCCUGCUGCUUCGGGCGUGCUUGUCUCAUUCCUAAUCAAGGGUACCUUUCUGAGGCAGGAGCGAGUCUGGUGGAUCAAAAACUGAACCUAAACAUUGUACCAAAGACGCGUGUUGUCAGAUUGGUAUCGGAAACAUUUAACUAUCCUCGUAUCGAUCGCCAGAAGGCACGAAUAAAAAAGACUAUCAAGGAGCGGAUACCAGCGGCUCGAUUCAAUCGGAUGAGUUUGCCACCGAAGACCGGUUCCUUCCAGUUAUUCGUAGACGGACACAAGGAUGCCGACUACUGGCUGAGACGUUUUGAGCAGGAACCUCUACCGACUCGGUUAGCGCAAAAGUUUCAGCUCCAGUUUGAACGACUAGUCGUGCUGGACUACAUCAUUCGUAACACCGACCGUGGCAACGAUAACUGGCUUAUCAAGUACGAACAGCCUACCAUAGUGCCUCAAAGCAACGGUACUACUCCCAACGGUAUGCCUCGAAGUAACAGUCGACUUGAGAUGAACGAGAACACUGACUGGAAUCUGGUGCAGCUGCCGGAAAUAAGAAUCGCUGCAAUCGACAAUGGUUUGGCGUUCCCAUUCAAGCAUCCGGACUCGUGGCGUGCCUAUCCGUAUCACUGGGCCUGGCUUCCCCAGGCAAAGGUACCCUUCAGCCAAGAUAUUAAAGAUCUAAUACUGCCCUCGCUUUCCGAUCUGAACUUUGUCGAGGAACUGUGUAACGAGCUCUACGAGCUGUUCAGACAGGACAAGGGCUUCGAUCGGGGUCUCUUCGAGCGGCAAAUGUCUGUGAUGCGUGGGCAGAUACUUAAUUUGACCCAGGCCCUGAAGGAUGGUAAGAGUCCGGUGCAGCUUGUGCAAAUGCCGGCCGUCAUCGUCGAACGAUCUAAGGUGAAUCCUGGGUCGGCAAGGUUUUUCUCAUUCCAGCAGCGCUUCCAAAACAAGAGUCCAUUUUUCUCCUGGUGUUGAGGGAUAUGGCAGCAUCAAUAGGGUGUAGCUAGUACACAACGGCGCGCGGGGUGCGAUGUCAAAACAAAUGAAAAUUCAAUAAAAAAUAUUCGAUUCAAAAGUAUAUGGGAAACAAGUAGGGAAUGAGUGGGACGAAUGGAUGUAAAUGUUCUUAUAACAACACUUCUUGUUUAUAUGUAACCGAAAAUGAAACGUUAUGAAAUAUAUAUACAAAAAAAUCUGAA